AUGUCUGUUCCAAGCCAACACCGUUCCGUUAUCAUCAACCCUCCUCCACCAGAAUAUAGAAAUGACAAAAACAGUGGCUGUCAAACCAACCAACUUCAGUACUUACAGAAGGUGGUCAUGAACGCCAUGUGGAGACACCACCUUUCCUGGCCGUUUCAGCAGCCUGUAGAUGCAGCAGCACUAAAUCUUCCUGAUUAUUACAGUAUCAUAAAGAAACCUAUGGACUUAGGCACCAUUAAAAAGCGCCUGGAACACAAUUACUACACAAAAGCGGCGGAAUGCAUUGAUGACUUUAAAACCAUGUUCUUGAACUGCUACACCUAUAACAAGCCAGGUGAUGACAUUGUGAUUAUGGCCCAAGAACUAGAGAAAGUGUUUGUGCAGAAAACAGCCGAAAUGCCACCAGAAGAAAGACUAGUGAUUCUGAAUAAAGAAAAGAAAAAAGAAAAGAAGCCAAAAGAAUCACAGCAGCCCAUCCCUGGGACUUCAAAUGAACAAAGCACAAAGCAGAAACAAGCUGAAAGCAGUGAGCAGCCUCCAGUGACGGCUCAGGAGCCACAGCAGGCUACACUACCUCCUCUGCCUGCAGCUCAGCUGACUGCUUUAAUGCCAGGUGCACUGCCAAUAACAAAAGCAAAAAAACAUGUGAAAAAGAAGGCUGACACUACAACUACCAUUUCAUCAGUAUUCACAGCAAGCGGUGAAUCUUCUGCAACGCUUAAUGAAAGAAAAGCUGUUAAAGCAUGCAGAGGUGAAAAAAAAAGUACAACAGCAAAUAAGCCUCUGAAGAGAUGCUUGCCAGAUUCCCAACAGUCACCUGGAAUUCCUAAAAAUAUUCAGUUGUUGGAACAACUAAGACGUUGUCAUGAAAUACCCAAAGAAACGUUUUCAAAGAAACAUGCAGCAUAUGUGUGGCCUCCCGUAAAACCUGUAGAUGUUGCAUCUUUCGCACUUGGCGAGAACCAAGGGACCACCAAAUGUCCUACAAACCUGGAAACCAUUAAAAAGAAAAUGGACAAUUUUGAAUAUAGAGAUGAACAAGAAUUUGCUACGGAUGUUGCAUCAAUGCUCCUGACUUGCCACAAACAGAAUUCUCCAGACCACGAAAUAUUUGCGAUGGCAAGAAAACUUAAGGAUGUUUUUGAGAUGCGCUUUGCCAAAAUUCCCAAUGAACCCGUCGCAAGUGUUCGUCCGGCACAGCCUACAAGAGAAAUGACCAAAGCUCAUUCCAGCGAGAGCAGUAGUGACGACUCUUCAGAAGAAAACUCCUCUGAAGACUCUGAACAGGAGAUAAGAGUGCACCUUGCAAAGGUUCAGGAGCAAUUUAAAGCUGCCCAACAGCAGUUGCAGGUUUUGGCUAGAGCAUGCCUACAGAGACCGAAAAAGAAAAAAGGGAAGGCUAAAGGGGAGAAAAGUCAGGACAAGGAAAGAGAUAAAAUAAAAAGCCCAAUUCAAAAGAAGAAAAAUCUGGAAGGGAACAAGGAAUCCAUGAAAAAUUUGUCUUUAAACAUUCAAUCAAAGAAAACCAUGCAGCAGGUCUUGGCGUGUAAGUCAGAGGAUGAAGAUGGUGCUAAGCCUAUGAAUUAUGAUGAGAAACGACAGUUGAGUCUGGACAUAAACAAACUCCCUGCCGAUAGGCUUAGGAAAGUAGUCCAUAUACUACAGUCAAGAGAACCUGCACUGAGGAACUGUAACCCUCAUGAGAUGGAAAUCGACUUUGAAACUUUAAAGGCUUCAACACUCAGAGAGCUACAGAAAUAUGUGGCAACCUGUUUAAGGAAGAGACCAAGAAAGCAGCAGCCUAAAAAACCAACGAAGUCAAAAGAACAACUGAAUUCCGAGAGGGAAGAAGAGCUAAAGAAGACUCUACUGGAAGUCAAUUGUCGACUAAACCCAUCUGGGCAAAAGAAGGAGAACGUAAAGUCCAAAAAGACCACCAAGUCCAGCCCUCGAGUAAGAAGACUGAGCGACAGCACCACCUCCUCAGAGUCCGACAGCAGCACUAGCUCCUCUGACACCACCAGCAGUAGCAGCAGUGGUUCCAGCUCCUCAGACAGCAGUGACUCUGAAUUGGGUAUGAUCUCAGCUGUAUCUCCUCUGCCUGAUACUCCAGACCAGCAAGCUUCUCCAAGGACAAAUCAGUCUCCUGUCACCCAGUGCACACUUGCUCUUCCAGAGGAUACAAGUGUGAAGAGUACAAAUUCCUGGGGCAGUUUAUGUAAAGCAACGACACAUCCAGCUCCCGUAAAACCAUCAUCUGAGAUCUUCAAGCAGUUCAGGGAAGCAGCAUUAAAGAGGAAGGGAGAGGAAGAACAGCUGUCAAAAAGCCCUCUGGUGCAAGCAGAGAGGAAACUGCAAAACCUUCCUCAAGGAAAAAACAGGGGCCCUGAAGACAAUGCAGUGGGUGCUACGGCAGGGACAGCCUGUAAGCAGGAAAAAGAAGAGGUUAAGAGCAAAAACCACGCUCUUGUUCAAGAUCAGAAGUUGGCUAGAAAAAUGGAAGAACAACGCAGGAGAAGAGAAGCAACAGCCCAUACAAUUGAUCUGAAUCUGCAGCGUGACAUCCUGGAAGCUUUUGAAGAUUAUCUCGAGUGA